AGCCGUGCCCCGGAAGCGCUGGCGGGGGGCGGGGCUGCGGGUCAGCGCCAGGCGGGAGCGGCGCGAGGCCUCGGGAUGUUGUCGCGCGGCUCCAUCGAGAUCCCGCUGCGGGACACGGACGAGGUCAUCGAGCUUGACUUUGAUCAGUUACCAGAGGGAGAUGAAGUCAUCAGUAUCCUCAAGCAGGAGCACACCCAGCUUCACAUAUGGAUGGCCCUGGCGCUGGAGUACUUCAAGCAAGGAAAGACGGAAGAUUUUGUCAAGCUUCUGGAGGCCGCUCGUAUCGAUGGAAACCUGGAUUACCGAGAUCAUGAGAAGGACCAAAUGACCUGUCUCGACACACUGGCUGCUUACUAUGUACAGCAAGCACGGAAAGAAAAGAACAAAGAUGCAAAGAAAGAGCUCAUCACGCAGGCUACCCUGCUGUACACCAUGGCUGACAAAAUCAUCAUGUACGACCAGAACCACUUGCUGGGGAGAGCAUGCUUCUGUCUGCUGGAGGGAGAUAAAAUGGACCAAGCUGAGGCGCAGUUCAAUUUUGUGCUCAAUCAGUCGCCGAGUAACAUCCCCGCACUCCUGGGUAAAGCUUGUAUCUCCUUCAAUAAGAAAGAUUACAGAGGUGCUCUGGCUUAUUAUAAGAAGGCUCUUCGGACUAAUCCUGGAUGUCCAGCCGAGGUGCGGUUAGGUAUGGGCCAUUGCUUUGUGAAGCUGAGCAAGCUGGAGAAAGCUCGGUUAGCCUUUGGUAGGGCUCUCGACCUCAAUCCCAAAUGUGUGGGGGCACUUGUGGGGCUUGCUGUCCUGGAGCUGAAUAAUAAGGAGGCGGAUUCCAUCAAAAAUGGUGUGCAGCUGCUUUCAAGAGCGUACACAAUUGAUCCCAGCAACCCAAUGGUAUUAAAUCAUCUGGCCAACCACUUCUUCUUCAAAAAGGAUUACAGCAAAGUACAGCAUCUGGCUCUUCAUGCCUUCCAUAACACUGAGGUGGAGGCUAUGCAAGCUGAGAGUUGUUACCAGUUAGCUAGGUCCUUCCAUGUGCAGGGUGAUUAUGAUCAGGCUUUCCAAUACUACUAUCAAGCUACCCAGUUUGCUUCUAUCACGUUUGUUCUGCCCUUCUUUGGCCUUGGACAAAUGUACAUUUAUCGAGGGGACAAGGAGAAUGCUGCACAAUGCUUUGAGAAAGUUCUAAAAGCCUAUCCCAACAAUUAUGAAACUAUGAAAAUUCUAGGUUCACUCUAUGCCACUUCAGAGGAACAGGAGAAGAGGGAAGUUGCAAAGGGUCAUUUAAAAAAAGUGACUGAACAAUACCCAGAUGAUGUAGAGGCCUGGAUUGAAUUGGCUCAAAUCCUCGAACAGUCAGAUAUUCAGGGUGCACUCUCAGCCUAUGGUACAGCUACACGUAUCCUUCAGGAGAAAGUGCAAGCUGAUGUCCCCCCUGAGAUCCUCAACAAUGUCGGGGCACUUCAUUUCCGAUUGGGAAAUCUGGGAGAAGCCAAGAAAUAUUUCUUGGCUUCACUCGAACGCGCAAAGGCUGAAGCAGAGCACGAUGAGCACUAUUACAAUGCAAUCUCAGUCACCACUUCCUACAACCUGGCCAGGCUCCAUGAGGCCCUGUGUGAAUACCAUGAAGCAGAAAUACUGUACAAGAAUGUUUUAAGAGAGCAUCCAAAUUAUGUGGACUGUUAUUUACGUUUGGGAUGCAUGGCGAGAGACAAGGGGAAUUUUUAUGAAGCCUCCGACUGGUUUAAAGAAGCUCUACAAAUCAACCAGGAUCACCCGGACGCAUGGUCACUGAUCGGCAACCUUCACCUGGCCAAACAGGAAUGGGGGCCGGGGCAGAAGAAAUUUGAGCGUAUCUUGAAACAGCCGUCCACUCAGAACGACACCUACUCCAUGCUGGCCUUGGGAAACGUUUGGCUUCAGACCUUGCACCAGCCAACGAGGGACAGAGAGAAGGAGAAACGCCAUCAGGACCGAGCAUUGGCAAUCUACAAACAAGUACUCAGGAAUGAUCCCAAGAAUCUGUAUGCUGCCAACGGCAUAGGUGCAGUAUUGGCACACAAGGGUUAUGUCCGUGAGGCUCGGGAUGUUUUUGCACAGGUGAGGGAGGCUACAGCGGAAAUCAGUGACGUCUGGUUAAACCUGGCACAUAUCUACGUGGAGCAGAAGCAGUACAUAAGUGCCGUGCAGAUGUAUGAAAACUGCUUGAAGAAGUUUUACAAACACCAGAGCACUGAAGUUCUGCUCUUCCUGGCGAGGGCAUACUUCAAAUGCGGCAAACUUCAAGAAUGCAAACAGACUUUGCUGAAGGCCAGACACGCAACACCUAAUGACACUGUGCUCAUGUUUAACAUGGCCCUGGUCUUGCAGAGACUGGCUACGUCAGUCCUGCGAGAUGAAAAGAGCAAUCUGAAGGCCGUAUUGAACGCAGUCAAAGAACUGGAACUUGCCCAUCGGUACUUCAAAUAUCUCAGCAAUGCUGGAGAUAAGAUGAGGUUUGACUUGGCUCAAGCUGCAGCAGAGGCCAGGCAGUGUUCUGAUCUGAUGAGCCAGGCCCAAUACCACGUGGCCCGCGCACGGAAACAGGAUGAGGAGGACCGUGAACUGCGCUGCAAGCAGGAGCAUCAGAAGGAGAUGCUGAGGAUGCAGAUGGUCAAGGAACAGGAGGAUAAGAAGCAAAAAGAGUUAAAUGAGCAACGGAAGUUAUUGGAGCAGCGCAGCCAGUUUUUGGAGAAAACCAGGAGCUUGUUGGUGUUUAAUGAAGAGAUGGAGACGUCCAAGGAGAAGAAGAAGGGUGGAGGAGGAAAGCGUGCUAAGAAAGGAGAAUUUGAAGAAUUUGUUAACGAUGACUCAGAUGAUGAUUUGUCUCUGCCCAAGAAGAAGAGGAAGCAGAGAGCAAGUGGAAGUGAAAAUGAAGGUGGGGAUGAGGAUGGUGAUCGAAAGCAGAAGAAGAAGAAAAGGAGAAGACCCCAGAAACAUGCAGAGGAUGGCAGUGAUGAUGAAGCUGCCUCUCGACCUAAGAAACCACGCAGGCCAAAAGCGGGAGAGCGCAAGAGGAAAGAACGGGUCAAACCUGAACGGCUCCCGCCUUCCAUGAAGGGCAAAAUUAAGUCAAAAGCCAUCAUUUCAUCCAGUGAUGAUUCCUCUGAUGAGGGGACACUGAAGAUAGCAGAAGGGAACGCUCGGGACAGUGGUUCGGACGAGGAGCGGGUGGCUGACAGCCGCAGGAAGCGAGUGGUGUCCGAGAGCGAGUCGGAGGACGGGCAGAAGUCGGGAAGCGUGGGGGGCAGCAGCCCAGGGUCGAGGAGCGGGCGUUCGGCCGCAGCCUCCGACAGCGAGGCGUCGGCCAGCGGGCGGCCGGAGUCUGACCACUCGGGCAGGAGCAGGUCUGCCAGCUCGGCGGAGGAGGAUCAGAAUGAGUCUCGCCCUGCGUCGCGUGCCUCCAACGACUCGGGCCGCCAGGACUCUGACGAGGAAGGGUCAGUCCAGGGGUCCCCUGCCGAAUCCAACCAAGAAUCCAAUCAGGAGGAUGGCCGUCAAGCAUCUGUAUCCCCCGCGCAGUCAGACGAUGAGAGUGACUGAGUAACACAGUCCAUCCUGUGCAUAGUCCAAGCGCUGGCUGGAUGCUGACGUUACGGGAGAGAUGGUUUACUUUAUCAGAAGCUGUGAAGCCUGGCAUUUUAUCAACCACAGGGGAGGACUCGGCAGACUGUUUGUCACCACGUUUUGUAGCCGAGAUAGCACGGGGACCGGAAGGCAGUCAUUUACUGUCACGAUGAUGAAAUGCACGGAGAAUCAGGCAAACUGGUGCCGGCUAGAUCUGGUCUGUGUUGAAAAAAGAGUAAAUAUUUUAGGAACUAUAGAGAUUCAAAAAUGUGACCUAUGAUUUUUUUUUGAAAAUCCUUGUAAACGCAGAGAAACGUACAACGUUUGUUUAAUAAAUGUUUCAUCUAAAUAA